UCAGGCUAUGGUGAUAGCGAGGAAAGCUUGGAAGGACCAGUGCAAAAAUCGCUUUGCAACAUCAUGGCUCAUCCCCCCUCCACCUACAACCUUCCUUGCAUCGAUAGCGGCUUCUUUGUCAUUCGUCCUUCCUUGACAACACAAAUCCACCUGUUGUGUGACUGCGCUUGCGGCUUUUCUUGCGUCCCGAUGUCCUUCAUUUGACAACUCCUCCAUGCCCCGAAUGGCAUGCAUCUGGACCCAUUCCUCUCGCGUAUCCUUUCCUGUCGCUCUCGCGAAUUUCGAUCUUCGAAGAACGUGAAGUAUAGUACCUGAACAGACCUAAUUCUCAAUCCUGCCGUCCCUGCAAGCGUCGAUGGCUGUUGGAUUUGCUCAGACCCAUAGCCUUGGAGCGCCCCGAGCCUUAUCUUCGACCACUAUAACAUCGAGAGGAGUGAGGAGGCUUUCACUGCGUAGUGUGCUAAUACUCCUACAAUGCCUGUCUCAGGUCCAAGCAAUACAUCACAUGCAGCGCCGCGCGCCACGACGACUGGUUCCCAGACAAUAUCCGAAUACUACGCCCUUGCACAUCACAAACCUUUGUUCUGAGGACAUCUAUCCAGGAAUCAAUACGCAGUCUGGCAAAGGUCCAGCAGAUACGGGCUUCAAGUUGAGUCCUGGCGAGACACGAGAGCUCGUGGUAUCCGAGAAUUGGCAGGGCCGCGUUUGGGGGAGAACAAAUUGCUCGUUCAAUGCUGACGGUACGAGACCCUCCAACGGCAGUCCAGGAAAAGCAUGUGGCUCUGGUGACUGCAACGGCAUGCUCGCCUGCAAAGUGGGAGGAGAUGUACCCGUCACCCUCGCCGAGUUCACGCUGAACGCCGGUGACGACCAGUCAUAUUACGACAUCAGCCUGGUGGACGGCUACAACAUCCCAAUGGCCAUUGUACUCGAGCCGCAUGGAAACUUUACAUUAGACGAGCUUCCUCCCAAUCUCACCAAUCCAACCUGUAGUGGUACUGCGGAAUUGCUUGCUCCCCAAGACUGGAUGCCGUAUGCGAAUGGCCAGACCUUCCUCAACACAAACUCCUCGUAUCCUCUACCUCUUGAUUUUAAUGUCAAUUACCAACAGGUGCUAAACUGGUGCCCGUGGGAACUGCAGCUCAACAUGCCGCAGCCUCCAAAUGACGGCAAGUACAUGUACCCGGAUAAUAGUGUGCAGCGUCAAGCUUUCAAUCCGUGUUUUUCAGCGUGUGCAAAGUGGAACCUGCCACAAGACUGCUGCACUGGUACAUACAAUAGUCCGAGUGCAUGUCAGCCAUCCGAGUACUCCAAGAACGCCAAGGCAGUGUGUCCGGAUGCCUACAGCUACGCGUUCGAUGACCAAACCUCAACAUUCAUUGUCCCUUCUGGAGCAGGCUUUAAUAUCAUCUUUUGUCCCGGUGGCCGCUCCUCGAACAUUCUCGCCACCGAAUUGCAUAACGUUUCGUCUACCUCCAGUGGCCAGAUCAGCGUUGGUGGAUCUCAGAACGGUAAACUUCUGGAGAAUGUCUUGAUAGGAGACCAUCAUAAAGUGCCUGGAAAUGAACACGUGGGAAGCGACCUGCCAGGCAUCUUUAAUCAUGGCGCGGAGGGAGAAUUCUCGAUCAGCCUCAGGGAGCGGCAGAAGAGUGAGGAUUACGAUUGGAGUGAGGUGGGCGAUUUCGAAGAGCCCAUCACUGGGGUGAGAGUCGUAGAUCUGGUCAGAAGGGGCUUGCACCUUAUUGACUGGGAAGAAAAGAGAAUGCGCAAGCUCGAAGCUAAACAUCAACCUGGUCAUGUUUUUUUAUCGCACAUCAGGAGCAGUGCUUCGGCAGUUGCUACGAAUGGAGAGAUUCAAAGCAUAACGUGGUAUUUGAUGGCGGCUGGGUUAAUGCUUACAGCCUUUGUGUUCAUGAUGCUAUGACGACUCCAGUGACCGAAUGAACAGGACUGCAUGAAUUUUGUGCGGCUUCUGGGUUGGUCAAGAAUACGCGAUACCCUGCGCACGCCAUUUGAGGUGUGUUAUUGUAUACCUGACGAGUAAUCCUUCAUAGCACGAUAGAAAAUAAUGUUAAUGCCUUGAUUUCUUCAUUUU